CCUGCUCUCGGGAUCACUUCCGCUGCUGAGGUCAGGCGCCGCCUCGCUCGUCCGGCAUCGCUCAAGGCGCCGGAGUCAAGAUGGAGGAGUACGCGCGGGAGCCUUGCCCCUGGAGGAUCGUGGAUGAUUGUGGUGGUGCCUUUACCAUGGGAACCAUCGGUGGUGGGAUCUUCCAAGCCAUCAAAGGUUUCCGCAAUUCUCCAGUGGGAGUAAACCACAGACUUCGAGGGAGUUUGACAGCUAUUAAAACCAAAGCUCCACAGUUGGGAGGGAGCUUCGCAGUCUGGGGAGGUCUCUUUUCCAUGAUUGACUGCAGUCUGGUUCAGGUUCGAGGGAAGGAAGACCCCUGGAACUCCAUCACGAGCGGCGCCUUGACAGGAGCCAUCUUGGCGGCAAGAAACGGCCCCGUGGCCAUGGUCGGCUCCGCUGCGAUGGGUGGCAUUCUCCUGGCUUUGAUCGAAGGAGCCGGUAUCUUACUGACAAGAUUCGCCUCUGCACAGUUUCCCAACGGUCCGCAGUUUGCUGAAGACCCGUCCCAGUUACCUUCGACCCAGUUGCCAUCCUCCCCUUUUGGUGAUUAUCGGCAGUAUCAGUAGGACUUCUUACCCAGGAUCCUGUGACAGGAUGAGCUGUAGUUCAAGGGAUUCCGGAAGAUUGAGUUAGUGUGUUUUAAAAACAUUGACGGGACAACUACGGGCAAACAGGCAAUGAAGAGACAUUCAACAGUUUUCUAUUUAAUGAAACAUGAAUAGAGUGUGUAAAAAAUUGUUCAUUUAUUUAUUCACACUUGUGUUGCCUUUGUGAUCAAAAUAAAGGUCUAAUAUCUUGAAAAUUAAGUAUGCUAAAGUGCUUAGGAAUUGAAGGACCUGAGGGCUAACAGCAGUGAGAUUCAGGCUGUUGUUUCAUUGGACACUUCUCACCCAGUUGUGUGUGUCCUGUUAGUCAAACAAUAGAGCAAGCUCCUGGGACUGGCUUUUUU